AGCGCUGAGGCGACCAUGAGGAUGGCCCCGCCGCAUGCAGGGGAGGAAGGAGCCUCGGAGGGAAAGUGAAGGAGGAGGUUCUAGGAGGAAAGGUCGACCCACCGCUAAGAGCUGCUUCCUCUUGUCUUGCCGCAACCCAACUGAGUUGUCACGAGAGUCACGGCAACGUGAACUCAGGCUGAUCCUGACUGAGCUCGGACAGUGUUGGGUGGAACAGCAGCCAGCGUAAGUAACAGGUGACAGGUGUGUCUGAGCUUGUGAAGAGAAGAGUGCGUCUCCUGCAGACUGUCUCUCUGGUCAAGUCUCUACUAUUGAGUCCUACAAGGCUCUACAGAUCGGACCCGAUGCCGCUGAGGAACAGGUCAGAGCUGGCAACCAAGUUCACCUACAACCCCCACAACGAGACGUGGCAGACCCACAAAGUGCGGGUGGUGGUGGAUAAGAAGCCAUUUGCUCAAGGCGGGAUGAGAGUUUGCAUGAAGCUGUACGAACUUGAGGACAGCGGAGACUUUGUACCGUGUGUUGCAAAGGUGUUCAAGAAAGAGACGAACAGCAAGGAAUACUUCGACGAGGCUCUCACGCAGAUGGCAGCUGAGUGCUUUGCGCAAGAGUUCAACAAGCUCAAGACAAAGUGGAAAGUAUCAUUUCUGCCAGUGAAUGUGAUGAUGCUCAACGAAAGAAACGGACAACUGUGCAACGUCGAGCCCCUUCUGCUCGGGGACUACGUGAAGCACAACGACAAUGACGGGAACGUGGAGACGUCGGAGCAGCUCCCGCAGGCGUUCACGCACUUCACGUGGGAGGCAUCGAGGCACAUGCUCAUCGUCUGCGACAUCCAAGGCCUGGCAGAUUGUUACACAGACCCGCAAAUUCACAGCAUCGACGGACAAAGUUUUGGAAGAGGCAACCUGGGCCAGCAUGGGAUUCUCAAGUUCUUCAAGACCCACAAGUGCAACCGAAUCUGCCAAGCUCUCAAACUGCCUCCGACUGAUCGAAAGAUUGCAGACCGACAGGUGUGA